GUAGAACUAGUAAUACCAUGGAAGUGUGAAUAGUAGUACUCCAGUCUACUUUCCAGUUCUUUCCUUGAUCAUUCAACUUCUUCCAGAAAGAAUCCUUUGAUCAAGCCAACAGCCUAACACUUAAAAGCUGUGCCUUUUCACACCCUAAAUUAAUCCCCUUUUUUCAUAAAUUAAUGACCUUUUAUUACCUUCCUUUCUUAUUUAUCUCAUGAUAUUCUUUCACUCAAAUUCCCCACUUAUCAUCAAACCCACUUAUCCCAUUUCUUGGAGAUCUAAUUGCAAGCAAAAAACCCCAGUUCUAAUUCCUACUAUAAAACACUUUUCUUGUAAAUUUAGAAAGAAAAAAGGGUUAAUUCAGUACAAACAUAAUUGUAUUGUGAUCAUGGCUUGUUUUAGUAAAAUGGGUAAUGGGUGUUUUAGGAAUAAGAAGGAGAAGACUCAGGCUGUUGCUAGUGGGCUAGAUGUUAUGAAUGAUGCGAUGGUUGAAGCUAAACUUAAUCCUCAGCAUCUUGUUAUCAUGGUUAAUGGUCUUAUUGGAAGUGCUUCGGAUUGGAAAUUUGCUGCCAAUCAAUUUGUGAAGCAGCUGCCAGACAAAGUAAUGGUGCAUUGUAGUCAAUGCAACACUGCUAAUUUGACAUUUGAUGGUGUUGACUUGAUGGGUGAGCGGCUUGCUGAUGAGGUAUCAAAUGUUAUCAGCUGUAGGCCUGGGUUUCAAAAGAUUUCAUUCAUUGCGCAUUCUUUAGGCGGCCUUGUUUCAAGAUAUGCUAUAGGAAAGCUGUAUGAACCUAAUGAAACAGCAUAUCCUUCGGUUGCAAAGAAAAACUGCACGGAAGAUAUAGAAAGUUUUGGAAGAGAUUGCACUGGUAGAAUUGCUGGACUGGAACCCAUGAACUUUGUAACUGUUGCUACUCCUCAUUUGGGUUCACGAGGCCACAGACAGUUGCCUUUCCUUUGUGGCGUUCUGUUCUUGGAGAAACAAGCCUCACAAACUGCGCACUUGAUUGCUGGAAGAUCUGGGAAACAUCUCUUUCUAAUGGAUAACAAUGAAGCCGAACCUCCUCUUCUUGUUCGAAUGGCUUCUGAUUCAUAUGAAUUAAAAUUCAUUUCUGCUUUGCGUUCUUUCAAGCGGCGUGUUGCCUAUGCCAAUGUAAACUAUGAUCAUGUAGUUGGAUGGAGCACCUCGUCCAUCCGCAGACUGCGUGAACUACCAAAGGCUAAUUUACUUGCACACGAUAAAAAGUACCCUCAUAUAGUUCAUGUAACACACGAGACUCUGGAUGAUGUUCGUUUGAUGCCUUCAUAUGCGGAAAACCAGACAAUAGACUAUGAAGAGGAAAUGAUAAGAGGUCUUACCCAAGUACCUUGGGAACGCGUGGAUGUCAGUUUUCGUAAGAGCAGACAAAAAUACAUUGCACAUAAUACCAUUCAGGUGAAGAGCUAUUGGUUGAAUUCUGAUGGCGUGGAUGUGAUCUACCAUAUGAUCGACAAUUUCCUGGUCUGAUCUUCAUCCUUUGAUCGUCAUCGUCCCUCCUACUAUAUAUAUUUUGUGUAAAAUUAAAUCAUAGACAAUCGGACAUACAUAAUAUCAUCCCUCUUUGGCUAAGUAAAUAGCCAUUCGAUCCAUCAUUUUUAGAAAUUUGAAGGAUGUUUGUAACGUAUGAUCUCGAUAAUUUAUCUCGAUUUAUUUUUGUAACCAGAGGUAAAAUCUACCUUUGUAUUGCUUAGGUGCUUUCUUUUCUUCUUGAAAAGAGCUAGUAUUUUUGCAUACUUCUAGUCUUUUACCAUCCUAUCAGUAUGUAGCCGAAAUUUGUUCGCUAAACUCCUAUGUAUGUACUUCCUCCGUCCCAAUGAGCUUACUAUAUUUUUGUCGA